AAUUAUUAAUAUAAUAUUAGUAUAAUAUUGUUAUAAUUGUAGUAGAAUAUUACGUGAGUCUAACAUUAUUAGUCUCCAUAACUUCGAGCUGACGAGCGAGUACCUAAAGAGAAAUAAAAACCAGUCAGACCGCCUAGGCAGGUUCGUCAGAAACCUUUGAGCCAAUUAGAGACAUCCUUGUCUUAAGUGGCUGAUUUAGUCUCUCACUCAGACAUACACAAAAACACACCCUCACAGGUUUAAGAUGAGUCGGCCGGUUCAGAGGCAGCCUCAGGCUCUGAUUGUUUCCUCUGAUGCAGCUGAAUGGGCUUCUGGGAUCUGUGACUGCUGCAACGACAUGCCAGAUUGUUGCUUUGCCUUCUGGUGUUGUCCCUGUUUCGCCUGUAGAACCACUAAACAGUUCGGUCAGUGUCUCUGUCUUCCCCUAUUGGAUGUCUUUGGGUGCACACGUCCAAUCACCAUGUCCAUGAGAGUCUCCUUACGUCAACGCUACGGCAUCAAAGGCAGUUUGUGCAGCGACUGUUUGUGCUCCACCUUUUGUGUGCCCUGCGUCUGGUGUCAGAUGGCCAGAGAGAUGAAGGAGAGGCAGCUCCCCACCACGCUGGGUGACAUAAUCCUCCACUAAUGACAUCAUCGCUAUUAGAUUUUUGCUGUGACAACAUGACUGUGACUCAAGCCUGUAUUGUUUACAGGUUUACCAAACCUUGACACCUGCAUGACACUUUACUUAUUAAUCAUCUGCUUUGCACAAUCUUGUAUUUUUCUUUAAUUUUCAUCAAACAUGAUUGUUUUUUUAUUUAUCUUUUUCAUUAAUUUAGUUUGAUACAUUGUGUAUGUUUUGUAGUUUUUUGUCCAAAACAUUGUAUUCUGCACUAAUUGAGGCCAAGCACGACAGGCAACUCGUCAAUUUUGAUAUUUUGGGUAAUUUUGCUUAAAAGAAUAUGUCCUCUUUCAGACUAAUAAAACAGAAAAAAGAACAUUUUUCUUACUACACUUUGUCUAUUUGCGUCUGUAGAUAUCUCUUUACAGUCUCCAAAAGUUAGCAUUAGAUAAUGCAUGAUGUUUUGCAUGUUUAAACAUAA